AUGGCCCAAUCCAGACCUUCUUCCAUGGCGAUACCGCCACCCUCAUUGCGAGACAUUCUGUCCAACACCGCGCCCGCACCAUAUACUUUUGGCGCCUUCCUUGCCUUCCUGUCCCACAACCACUGUCUCGAGACGCUCGAGUUCACCCUUGGUGCUGACCAGUAUCGCAAGGCGUAUAACGACAUCAUGCUCGGGAGAUGCCGUCCUACACCUGAUGGUCUCCACCAGCUGCGAUCUAUGUGGGAGAAGCUCAUGAAUGCUUAUAUCCGGCCCAACAGCAGCCACGAAGUCAACCUUCCGGCUCACGUCCGCGACCGGCUAGUGCAGCUCUCUUGCGCUGAGCAACCGCCGUGCCCCUCGGAGCUUGACCAGGCAGUGGCUUACACCUAUGAUCUCAUGGAAGGUUCGAUACUCGGACCCUUCUUGGAAUCACUAGCGCCUACCCCUUCGCCUUCGCCUGCGCCUACUCAGCCUACUUCUUCUCACUCAACAACACACUCACACUCACACUCACAUUCUCACUCCCACUCUCACUCUCUCUCCCAUUCCCGCUCGUACUGGAAGGACCUGGUCCACGAUCCCAGACGUACACAUGGUGGAGCCUCACCUCCUCCUCAGCAUGAUGGCCAGCAGUCGAACCGAUCAUCAAAGGCCAGCGGCCUUCUUCCUCUGCACACUUUCGGGUGGCAGAGCGAGACCUCCAGCCGAUCGGCUUCCUCAUCAACCGUGGCCGACUCACCUAUCGACGGCUUUACUGAUGACAGCAGUUCCGGUUAUCCUUCUGGAAACGAGCCCAUGACGCCGCCCACCACACCGCCUAGCGCAGACUGGACCUUUGGCACCUCCCCCAGCGGUAUCUCUAGGGCCAUGCACGCCAGCGGCUGGAAGAAGAUGGGCGCAAAGCUGGGUUUGGGAAAGAAGAGCCGUAGCAAGCGCUCCCAGACCACUAGCGUCAUGCCAGCUCUUGAUGGAGCCCGCUCUUCCCCCCGCCUCCAUCCUACCACCUCGGCCGAGUCUAUCAAUUCGGAUUAUUCGAUGGAGGAUGUAGCAGAUGUCAAGUUGGAACCACCUAUUCUGGUCCAAUGGGAAGAGUCCACCCCCGGUCAGCAUAUUCCGUCGCCAAUGGCCGGUAAUAACAACGCAGUUCAAGAUGCUGGCCGCGAGGGUAGGCUUCACAAGGAUGGCAUGGCCGCAAAAGGCUAUACGCCAUAUAUCAGAACGACGCCUGAAGGUGUCGCAAGGCGAUUUACUCGCCCCAGAGUUAGAAGGGCCAUUUCGAGCAACCCCGCAGUCACCGUUGACAAGUCGGCUACCAACAACAAGCCCGCUGUCAGCAGCCCGCUCCGCACUGUCUCGGCCUCAAACCUACGCUCCAAGUUCCUCGCUGUUGAUCACUCUCAGGAUCAGUAUCUCAAGCCUCCCACUGUGGAUCCAUAUGGCUGGGAAGCUGCCUACAGCGGCGAGAAGCUGGAAGCUGAUGAUGAGCAGACCUGCCUGGAGAACUUUGGAUUCGACGAAGCUACUCUUGUCAAGCUGACCUACCGCAGUGCUGGCGGAGAGCGUCGUAAUCUAUUCCACCGCAUGUUCGCCCAUGCUCCGAGGGCAGAGGGUGGUGCCACGGCAACCACCACUCUUGCGCUCAAGGCCUAA